AUGCGGGUGUGCGUGCUGCCGCAGCCGCCGCUUGGUCGCAGCCCAGGGCUGGGAUUAGCAACUUGGGCGCAGCGCCACCUGCUGCCUCCUGCCUCACCUGUUAGCAGCCACUCCCGCUGUAUUCUGCUCACCGCUACAGUGUCGACGUACUACUGCAAAGCUACCAGUAACAAAAACGUGGUGUUCCUGUGCGUGACGUACCUGGUGCCGGUGACGGCGAUGGCGGUGUGCUACGGGCUGAUGGGCCGGCAGCUGUGGGGAGACCGCGCCAUCGGCGAGAGCACCGACCGCCAGCAGGAGGCCGUCCGCUCCAAGAGGAAGGUGGUGCGUAUGCUGGUGCUGGUGGUAUCGAUCUUCGCGAGCUGCUGGCUGCCAUACCACGCCUACUUCGUGUACGCGUACCAUGACCCAGCAAUGGCGUCCAGUUCGUACGCGCAGCACCUCUACCUCUCCUUCUACUGGCUCGCCAUGGCCAAUGCCGGCGUAAACCCUGCAAUCUACUACUGGAUGAACAACAGGUUCAGAAUGUAUUUCCAGCGCGUUCUCUGCCGUAUAUUCUGCUGCCUGGCCAUGCGCAAGCACCGUGAUGCGAUGCUUGGGUUGGCCUACUUCAGGAACCAAACAAACCAAACCCGCUGCAACUCCGAGAGCGCGAGAGCCAGACUUAGAGCAAGCAACGCGGCUGCCCAAUUGCGACAGCGGACGCAGGAAUCGCAGCUGACGGAGCAGCAGGAGCAGCAGCAGCACAUGGACAGCGCGGAUGCAUCGUGA